AUGCGUGAUGAAAGAAACUCUCGGCUUUUCUCGCGUACUAUCGAAUCCAAUAGACCUGGCCUAUGGCAGUACCACUCGCUUCAAUCUCAGCAAGAACCCCGGACUUCACCCCCCAAAACAUCGAUGGUGGCAGAUAUUUCAUAUACAAAAUCGCCUAUUAAUCGCUACGGAACCACGAACAGUGAAGAGAAAGACAUGACAUUGGUAGACAUAGACGAUUUCGAGAUGAGAAAAAAGAUUGCGCAGUUGAUGGCCGUGGCGCCAGCGCUACCCGUCAAAGAUCUAUAUCACCUUAUUAUCGAUAGUGAGGGCCGUCUUUCUAAAGCCAAGAAAAAGGCCAUCCGGAUGAGCAAAGCACCAGAUACGUUGCGCACGCCUACACAACUCUCCUUACAACCACGAGCACUUAUCAAUAACUCAGAUACAGAAGGUGUCAUAGUCAAUAUCCGCGACUCGGAUAAACAAAAAACUAUGGUUAAGAUAGAUCCGAGUGACCCCUUCUUUAAGUGGGAUGACGAUGAACCAGCACCAGAGCAACCACCAACGGUAAAGCCUUGUCAGUCAAAGUCAACCGCUAAGAAAAAACAACCCCAAAGUGCACGCUCACAUCAUUCCGCGAACGAACCAAAACCCAAGCCUCCAGCGACACUGACACCGUCAUAUCAAAGUAAAAAGCGCACAAAAGCCCCGCAUUCAAAGCGAACAAACAUACGAGAGACCAGCAGUGACCGCGAAUUCAUAGUGGCUAAUGACGGGAUGCAAUAUGUUUCGGACUUUGACGACUCUGACGACUUUAUUCUUUCGCGCAAUGUUAUUAUACCCAGCAGGACUCGGAGACGGAGACGCAAGUUUAGUAUGAUUUGA